AUGGAUCCACAAGUCAUGGUAACUGGUCGGAAGACUUCUAUGGCACCAGCACCCAAGGCAGCCUCCAUCGCUGCCCUCCAGGACAACGUUCAACAAAUCGGCAAAGCGUUGGAUAAUAUGAAAAUCGAAAAUGACAAGAGAUUCAAACGAUUGGAGAGAAAGAUCGUGGAGCAGAAAAAGGAUCAGAAGAUUCUGGAGCUGAAGGAGAAGCUUAGAGAGGCCCAAAGGAAAUAUGAAGCUCUAGAGGAGAGCCAAAACAAAAAACAAAAGGAAGUGCUGAAGAAGAUGACGACUAUCCGGAAAAUCAUCGAUGAGAAGGAAGAAAAGGUGAAGAAAGUUGUGAAGAAAGGGGAGGAGCUUAAGAAGCAGGUGGAGGAGUUGAAGGCCAGCUUGGCUAAAAGUGAAGCCACAAUUUCUGAAAAAGAGGAUCUCAUCGAGAAGCAGAAGAAGGAGGACAAGGAUCUUCGCAACAACUACCGAGUGCUCAGCGAGUUCCACUCAAUGAUGAGAAAUGAGAUCGAGUAUGACGACUGUGCGAUGAAGAUGAUGAAAGAUGAGAAUAAGACAUUGCUGAAGGAGAAUCAGGAGUUGAAGGAGAAGUUUGAGAAGAGGGAACGAGAGGUCCAUCAGAUGAAGAAGGAGAUGAAGGAGGUCCGGAAGAUUGCGAUGGAGAGGGAUGAGCAGAUUGAGAAGGAAUUGGAGGAGACUAGAGAGGAGAUGAAGACUCAGAAGGAGAGAGUGGUGGAGGCGAUGAAGAAGAUGGAGGAGUUGGAAUUGGAUUAA